UGACCAUGUCAGUGAACUGCUGAACGACUCAUCUGAUUAACUUUUGUUAACAAAAUUUAUUAAAAUAAUGCAGAUUUUGUUGUGCUUGUACAUUAUCAAAAAUAAUUGAUUGAUGAACUGCUGACCGUGACAGCCAGUUAUAUUGACAAAUAAAUUGGAUUCUCGUCUCAAAAGCCUGAUCAAAGUUUCAGUGAGUUUGACUCUGGUUUGACAUUAAUUACAGUCGUUAUUCUCUACACAGCUGUGUGUCCAGAAAUUCUCAUGUGGGCACAUUUGUGAAUGUUAUAUUAUCUACGCCACAGAACAUGGACAUCGGAUGGAGGUUAUCUUGCACGGAGCUAAAACGGUCACGGCUAGAAGGGAUCGAGCUUUUGUCAAAUUAACGUAAAAGUAUAUAUUUUUUUUGUUUUUGUUGCAUUUUCGCUAACUACAUCUUUUCCAAACCUUUACCGUAUUCUCUUUAAUUUGACGUUAAUUUAACAAAAGAUGGAUUGCUUCCAGGGAUGACCCUCUAAGACCUAGAGGAGCUCCCAUCGCCCGUCCAGUGUGCCCUGUCACAAGGGAGUCCUCCUCGCGGUGAUUGGGUGGAAGAUGGCGUUGGGCGAAUGGAAAUCCUAAUGACAGUUUCCAAAUUUGCCUCUUUUUGUACCAUGGGCGCCAAUGCCUCCGCUCUGGAGAAAGAGAUUGGCUCAGAGCAGUUCCCUGUCAACGAGCACUACUUCGGAUUGGUCAAUUUUGGGAACACGUGCUACUGUAACUCGGUGCUGCAGGCUCUGUACUUCUGCCGUCCGUUCCGGGAGAAGAUCUUGGCGUACCGUAGCCAGCCCCGACGCAAGGAGAACCUGCUGACCUGCCUGGCCGACCUGUUCCACAGUAUCGCAAACCAGAAGAGAAAGGUGGGAGUCAUACCACCCAAGAAGUUCAUCACACGCCUACGCAAGGAGAAUGAGCUGUUUGACAACUACAUGCAACAGGAUGCCCAUGAGUUCCUGAACUACCUGCUCAACACCAUCGCUGACCUGCUGCAGGAGGAGAGGAAGCAGGACAAGACCAACGGCCGCCUGGCCAAUGGCUCGCUCGACUCCCAGAACAACAACAGCAACGCCCCGCCUCCCUCCACCUGGGUCCAUGAGAUCUUCCAGGGAACCCUCACCAACGAGACCCGCUGCCUCACCUGUGAAACGAUCAGCAGCAAAGAUGAAGACUUCCUGGACCUGUCAGUGGAUGUGGAACAGAACACCUCCAUCACACACUGUCUCAGGGGGUUUAGUAACACAGAGACUCUCUGCAGCGAGUAUAAGUACUACUGUGAAGAAUGUAGAAGUAAACAGGAGGCACACAAAAGGAUGCGUGUGAAGAAGCUGCCUAUGAUCCUGGCUCUACACCUGAAGAGGUUCAAGUACAUGGAGCAGUUGCAGCGUUACACCAAGCUGUCCUAUCGUGUUGUCUUCCCUCUGGAGCUCCGCCUCUUCAACACCUCAGGAGACGCAACCAAUCCCGAGAGGCUCUAUGACCUGGUUGCCGUCGUGGUGCAUUGUGGGAGUGGUCCAAACAGAGGACACUACAUCGCCAUUGUGAAGAGUCACGACUUCUGGCUGCUGUUUGAUGAUGACAUUGUAGAGAAGAUAGACGCCCAGGCCAUAGAGGAGUUCUACGGCCUCACCUCUGAGAUCUCAAAGAACUCUGAGUCAGGCUACAUCCUAUUCUAUCAGUCAAGAGACUGACUGUCCCUGAAGAGGACAGUACCUCUCAGUGGAUUUGAGGAUCAUACUAGUAGACCAUACUAGUGUAAAUCGCUCUGUAGUGUCACACACCUACUGAAGCUCAGCCUCAGUCCCCCCUAUCCUCCCUCCUACCUUCCUCCCUCCCUCCCCCAUCCCACUCCUACCUCCCUCCCUCUUACUCCUACCUACCUCCCUCCUUCCCCCACCCUGUCACCUAGGCUGGAGAUGCUGCUACAGGGAGUUGUGUCAAAGGUUCAGUGGACGUUGUAUCAAAGUUUUGUGAGUUGGAAAGCUGUUUAAUGACUGUUGUACAGAGGUUGUAUGACUGAGGCGAUGGUUAUAGCAUGGGGGUUUGCGUGGGAUGAGUGGGUAUUUAAUGAUUCAUGUGUUUUCAUAGCGGCCAGGUGUCUGCACACUCCCUCAGACUGCAACUCUGCUUUGGUGCCUGGCUGGGGCCUAGUCAGAGCAGACCAGUUGACUGCAUGAAGGGAGAGUGGGGAGGUGAGUGUUCCAAGUGUGGGACACUUGGGUUGUGUAUUUCUACCAUGUACAGAGUGGUAUUUGUAUCAAUAUGAGGAGAAUAAGAUGAUAUUAUCAUAGGAAAAAAAUAUAAGUCCUUGAGAAGAUAAUGUAUUGUCACUAUGGUGCACUUUUGAUACCGUUUUGUAGGUGUUGGCAAGGUUUAUGUGAGGGUUUGCUUGAGACGGCCUGUUGUGAAAUGGUCAUUUUCUGUUUUAAAGAAAAAUUGAAUAAAAUAUCAUAGAUACA